AUGGCCCCCAACUUUGAAGAACUGCGCACAUCGCUGCGGGAAGGCGAUCUUCUCCUACCCGGCGACGCUGGUUACGAUGAUAGUCUCAAGCGAUGGAGUGCCACGUGUAUUAAGCCAGCGGCAGCUGUCGCACGGCCAAAGAGCGCGGCCGAGGCGUCGGCUAUAGUUAGGUUCGCGACAAAGCAUUCUAUCCCGCUGCGAGUUUGCGGAGGCGGGCACAACCCUUCGGGAGAGUCUGCAGCUCCGACUCCGGAAGCUCUCAUUCUCGAUCUAGCCCACAUGCGCUCCGUCUCCGUGGAUGCCUCGGCCCAGACUGCAACCUAUGGCGGCGGAUGCACCUGGGCAGACGUGGACAAUGCGCUCUGGGAGCACGGACUAGCAACCGUCGGUGGAACGGUGAGCCACACGGGUGUCGGCGGACUCGUCCUCGGCGGCGGAUACGGAAUGCUGACCGGACGACAUGGCAUGUCAGUCGACUGUCUCGUGAGUUGCGAGGUAGUCCUUGCCAGCGGAGAGAUUGUUACAGCCUCGGAGACGGAAAACGCAGACCUCUUCUGGGCCCUCCGGGGCGCGGGCUCCAACUUUGGUGUCGUGACCUCGUUCACAUCAAAGGCGUUUCCGCAAGGUAAAGUUUGGGGUGGCGUCAUGCUUUGGCCGUUUGAGCUCUUCCCGCACGUGGUGGACUUUGUAAACACAUAUGACAAGACGACCGACGGCGACCAGUGGUUUAUGCUUAUUGUCACCGCCGACCCGCGCAGUGGUGCUCGACUGUGCGGAGCCAGCGUCUUCUACAACGGCACCGAGGAGGACGGAGAAAAGUUCUACAAGCCACUUCGGGAUCUCCAGCCCAGGCUCAUGGAUACGACGGCCCAGAUCCCCUACCCAAAGGCCAACACCAUGAGCGACCCAAUGGCAGCUCCUGGGCGCCGAUACAUGUUUGGGGGAGCCAACUUUCAGUGCCCCCUUGACUUUUCAGUCAUGAGUGAAGCCGCCGAGCAGUACUUUGCUGGUCUCGAAAAGCCUGGCAAUGAGGAGGUCAGGACCAGUAUGUUUGCCCUAGAGAUGAUUCCUCUCGACAAGGUCAACGAGUACGGCCAGCUCGACAAGACGAGCUUCAAUGGCCGCGAGAAGAAAUACAAUGCCGUUACCAUUAUGUCUUGGGACACUGCUGAGCGGGAUGGCGCCGUUCGCGACAUUGUCGUGCAAACGACCAAGGUAUUCAAGGACAAAUUCGGAAAACACGACGCCGAGACCGGUGGUGCUGAUACGUACUACAAUUACCUAAGUCCCGAAAACCCAGCAGAUAGAGCUCUGAUGAAGACUGGCAGGCUCUUUGGUCCCAAGGCACCACGACUGAGGGAGCUCAAGGCAAAAUAUGAUCCAACAAACGUAUUCUUCAAGAAUGUAGACUUGUCGCCACUCGCAUAG